UCAUCUGGGCAUCACUAAGCUCACUUCCCUACCCUUCUUUACACGCGACAGCACUGAUCCCCCCAAACCCAGGAGAUGAUCAAGGAGGGGCAAGAAGUGACUGUGGUGGGGGCACCCCACAAUUCGGCACCCGUGAUGUCCACUGUGAUCAACAUCCAGAGGGAGAUCCCUGUGCCUGACCAUGUCAUCUGGUCCCUCUUCAACACACUUUUCCUGAACUGGUGCUGCCUGGGCUUCUUAGCCUUCGCCUUCUCAGUGAAGUCUAGGGACCGGAAGAUGGUGGGUGAUUUGACGGGGGCCCAGAGCUACGCGUCCACCGCCAAGCGACUGAACAUCUCUGCCGUGGUCAUUGGUCUCGUACUGACCAUCAUCACUGUCAUUCUUUUUGCAGCUCGAUUAGUGAUAUUUUUCCACUUCCUUUUACACUCAAUAAAGAACCGUCAACAUUAUUAGUCGCUGCCCACUGCUGCAGCCCGAGCCCUCCCACCGCUGGCCCUGCAUCCUGCCUGUUGACCCCCACUGCUGGCCCUGCAUCCUGCCUGUUGACCCCCACCCCCUUUUACAGCAGUUUUCACAUUUGUCUCUGUCUAUGAAUGAAUUCAAUAAAGUGCCUGUGUGUGUAACAGUGCUGUGACAUCGCCUGGGCUGGGGGGAGGGGGGUCUGCCCUGGUUCUCCAGCCUGGUCCUGAGCCUGAGCUGAGGCUGUGAACAGGGCGGGGCUCUCAGCAAUCCUGUCUCUGGACCAGAGAGAAGGGAGAGCCCUUCCUUCUGCAGGACGCUUCUCUGGCCACGGCUGGGCACACCUAGGGGAAGGUGGGCGGCCCCAGCUGGCUGCACCUCCUGCUCCAUGAAGCUGGGACAAG